CAUCUACAAGAGCUAAUGACUCAGAAAUUUCAACUCCAACCGAUAAGGAAUUAGCAUGGAUGCAUACUGAAGGUGUGAUUUGCCAUUUACGAGGAAACCAUACAAAAUGUUGGCCUGAAGUUUAUUGGAUUGUAAAGAAUUCCGAUUUGAGCUUAUCAACUCUCAAUUUAGUUGGUAUAGAUGAUAAUCAAUGUAAACGUCUAUUAGAAUUUCUUAAAAAAAUAACGAAACUUAAAGAAAAUCAAAGUUUGAUAACAACAAUAUCUCGUUAUGCACUUUCAGUUAUUCAUAAUAAUAAUAGUUUUAUAGAACUUCAGCGUAAAAUUCAUGUUGCAGGUAAUUUGGUGAAUUUUUCUGAUCAGGAUGAAAAGAAUCUAUUUAGUAUUUGGAAACAGAGAGAACAAAAAAGGAAAAUUAAUUUAACGGCAAUUGAAGUGCGUAAUAAAAAAUGGGCUAAAAAGAUUAUUAAUCAAAAAAGGCAAUUGGAAAGUUUUGAUUUCUCUCAGGAAUUGGUUCCAUAUGGUUUACAAAUUCAAGAAGAACUUACCAAUAAUAAAUUUGAGCUAUCCUUUGCUUCAUUAGUAACUGCAUUCAAGUUAUCGUCUCUCAAAUGUGUGGCUUGCCAAUCAUUUCAAAAAAAAUACACUAACUAUAUUGAAACUGGUGGAGGAAAGAGUUUAAUAUAUGCAGUUGCAAGUAUAUUAACGAGAGGAUUAACAGUAGUAUUUACUCCUCAAAAGGCAUUGAUGGAUGAUCAAAUGCGAGAAAUGGUAGAAAUGGAAAUACCAGCGGCAAUGUUAUAUGCUUUUUCAGAACAACCACCAUUGGUGCAAAAAAAGAUUUUUGCUGAAAUCGCAAGUGGAUUAUGUCGCCUUCAAUUUGUUAUAGAUGAAGCACAUUGUAUAGUUUCUUAUGAAGAAUUUCGAGAUGCAUGGAAAAAAUUAGGAAUUUUAAAACAUAAUUUUCCAAUGGUUCCUAUUUUGGAUUUAACUGCAACUUGUUCUCCUGCUAAUGUAAAAAUUAUACAAUUGAUUCUAGAAAAACCUAAUAUGAAAGUUAUUAGAACCUCAAUUAUUCAUCGUUUAAAAAUUACAUUAGAAGUUAGAUCCAAAUCAACCCAAAUAAAAAAACUUUAUCAGGCUGUAUUCGAUUUACUAGAUAACCUUGAGAGACGUGCAAUUAUUUAUGGAGCUACAGUUACAGAAUGUAAUGAUAUGAUGAAUGAACUUCAGAAAAACUUUAAUCCAGAUAUUGUAGGAAUGUAUCAUGGAAAACUUACAAGUAAAGAGCAAUAUGUUAUAUCUGCGAAUUGGAAGAAUCAAAUCAUUAAAAUAAUGUCGGCAACUUCAGCUUUUGGUAUGGGUAUAAAUGUAGACAAUGUUAUCUUAAUAAUCCACACAACUCUGCCAAUGUCUUAUGAUCGAUAUGUACAAGAAAUUGGUUGA